AUGACCAACUCACAACCGACCGAUAGCGACGAGAAAGAUCUUCUGCAGGUCUCUCCUUACGAGGAGGAGCCUCAUCUGCUUGAUCUCAGCACCUUGGACACCGCUAAUCAACUUCUUGCGAAGGCGUUGGUUUGCAUGAAGAACUUGAGAGAGGACUUUGCAACUGCCGACUACCAGCAAAGCUUCAACUGGUCCGAGAUCAUCGACUCUCUUAGGAAACUCGCCGCGGGUUCAGACAUUGAGUGGAAGGAGGCGGCCUUCUACAUCGUUGUCUUUCGGUCUCAGAUUCCACCAACCACAGCGUAUACCGAUCUCGGUGUCCUUGACCAGCCUGCACAUGCAGAAGCUAUGAAGAGUGGAGGCUUUCUCAAGUAUUGGUUCGGAAAACCUGACCGGAAUGGAAGAAACCUUGCAACAUGUGUCUGGCGCAGUCAGGAGGAUGCGAGGAAGGGAAGCAUUGGAGCAGCUCAUCGGAGAGCGGCUAGUGCUACUAGGUACCUCUACAGCGAGUGGAAGAUUGAACGAUUGAGACUACUCAUCAAGGAUGGUGCACAUGAAUGGGAGAUCAGUCAGUGGACCGAUUGA